CCCGAGCCGGGAACCCUGGGCCGCCAGCGAGAGCGCUCCUCGGCCAUCCCGGCGCGGGCCGUCGCGGGGAAUCGCUGCGUCGUGGGCACAGUCCCGCGCAGGGAUGCGGCUGCGCUGAGAGGUGCCCGCCGCGGACGCCCGGAGGCCGCGCGGAGAGUCCCCGCCGGGAGCGGGCCGCGCGUGUGGCCGCCAGGAUGACCAACCCCGCGGCCGCGCAGAACACGGAAAUAGACUGCCUGAGUCCCGAGGCUCAGCGACUGGCGGAGGCCCGGCUGGCGGCGAAGCGCGCAGCCCGCGCGGAGGCCCGCGAGAUCCGCAUGAAGGAGCUGGAGCGGCAGCAGAAGGAGAUCUAUCAGGUCCAAAAGAAAUAUUAUGGGCUGGAUUCAAAAUGGGGUGACAUCGAGCAGUGGAUGGAAGACAGUGAGCGCUACUCUCGUAGAUCCCGAAGAAACACAUCGGCUUCUGACGAAGAUGAGCGCAUGUCAGUGGGUAGUCGCGGAAGCCUGAGGUCGCAGCCGGACUUGGAGUACGGGGGUCCCUACGCCUGGACAAAUGGUUAUGAUGGAGACUUACACGGACCACAGUCCCUGCAUAGAAGAUCUGGCAGGAACUCCAGCUACAGCGGUGACGGCAGAUUCUCCACUUUGUCAUCAUCCAGGGAGGAGAAGCUGCGCUCCUGUCUGCACCGCUCCGCCCGGCCUGCGGGGAGCUACCGGGCGUCCGUGUUCGACGACAGCAGCCUCGGCGGGGCGCAGUGGAGCAGGGCCCGCGGUUCCCGUGCUCCCUCGGAGUGCAGCGGCCACCUCAACUCCGGCUCCCGUGCAUCCUCCAGGGCCAGCUCGGCGCGGGCCAGCCCCGUGGUUGAAGAGAGACCGGACAAAGAUUUUGCUGAGAAGGGCUCCCGAGGCAUGCCGGGCCUGUCUGCGGCCACGCUGGCCUCCCUGGGGGGGACCUCCUCACGGAGGGGCAGCGGGGACACCUCCAUCUCCAUGGACACCGAGGCCUCCAUUAGGGAAAUCAAGGAACUCAGUGAGCUAAAGGACCAGAUUGAGGACGUAGAAGGCAGAUACAUGCAGGGAUUGAAAGAGAUGAAGGACUCCCUAGCAGAAGUCGAGGAGAAAUAUAAGAAGGCCAUGGUGUCCAACGCUCAGCUAGACAAUGAAAAGACAAACUUCAUGUACCAGGUCGACACGCUGAAAGACAUGUUGCUGGAACUUGAAGAACAACUGGCUGAAUCUAGGCGACAGUAUGAAGAGAAAAGCAAAGAAUUCGAAAGGGAGAAACAUGCCCACAGCACGCUGCAGUUUCAGUUUGCUGAAGUGAAAGAGGCCCUGAAGCAGAGAGAAGAAAUGCUUGAGGAAAUCCGGCAGCUACAGCAGAAGCAGGCGGGUUAUAUCAGGGAGAUUUCUGACCUUCAGGAAACAAUAGAGUGGAAAGACAAAAAGAUAGGGGCGCUAGAGAGGCAGAAAGAGUUCUUUGAUUCCAUAAGGAGUGAACGAGAUGAUCUUAGAGAAGAAGUAGUCGUGCUGAAAGAGGAAUUAAAGAAACACGGAAUAAUCCUAAAUUCAGAAAUAGCUACCAACGGAGAGACUUCAGACACUCUAAAUAACAUCGGACACCAAGCUCCUACCAAGAUCACAAAGGAGGAGUUAAAUGCCCUCAAGUCGGCAGCGGACGGGACGCUAGGAAGAGCCCGGGAAGCGGAGGUGAAAAAGGAAGUGGUGGAGAAGGUGGGGAAAGGAGCCGUGCUGCAGGAUGCGGACAAAGAGCAGCACGCGGAGGACCCGGCAGAGCGCCAUGCGCACGCAGAGGCGCACCCCGGCGGCCGCGCCGAGGACCGGAGAGCCUCUGAUGGCGACAGAGCGCCCUCCCCGGGAACCUCAGCGGGCGCUGGACGCGAGGAGCAGGCGCAGAGCCACAGUCCAGGGGGCACCCCGCUCCUGGGAGGCAGCGCAGGGCAGGGCAGGGGGCACGGGGGCGCGCCCGUGCCGGACGGCAGCGCCGGGGCUUUCCCCAGCCGCCGCUGGGGCGAUUUAGGCGGUGAAGUCCCGGGCCCUAGGAGCGGGCAGGGCAGUUGUAGCGACGCCCUGGACAUCGAAAACCACAGCAAGGAAUCUGCGGAAAAGCAGGAAAAAGGAAAACAAGAGGAUUCCAAAAGCGACUCGGAAGAGGUUAGCGCGGAGCCGUGUCGGGAGUCCGCUCCGCCGCCGCCGUCGGAAAUGGAAACCGGGGGAGGCGCGGACUCCGGUGGGCAAAGCGCGAGCCACGCAGAGAACGAGGCCCGGGCAGGGGACGCCCAGGGUGGGCAGCGGCAGGGCGCACUGUGCCAUGGGGAGCCGCGUGCGGGCGCUGCCCCCGAGGACGGGGAGCCAAGCGGGGGAUGCAGUUUAGAGAAAGAAGGGACCGGCCAGGAAGCGGCGGGGCCCCAGGCGGCCCCGGUGCAGGGCACGGAAGCAGGUAGGGAGGGCGGCGAGGAGGAGAGCGAGGAAGCAGGGCUCGCGGGUGGGAAACCAGUCGAGGCAGGUGUCCGGAACGGUCCUGGCUCUCCAGCGGCCAAGAGCCACCACCAGGAGGCCGCAGGCCCACGCGUGGUCGCCGCGGAGCGUGACGCCCUAGACACGGGAGAGCCCAGGGAGGAGAAGAGGGACCAGCAAGCGGUGGCCUUGGAGUCGUCACCAAGGAAGGCAAAGAACAAGAAAAAGAAAAACAAGAAGAAAAAAUCACCAGGACCCGCAGAAACCCUCAAGGGUGUUGGGGACGAGGUGACACUCCAGAGCACAGACGUCAGCGAAGCUAAGGAGGAAGAGCAGGUGGCAGUCACUGACGGGGAGUCCGGCGUGGAAGCUCUAGACCAGGCGGCCGAAAAUCCAAAGCAGAGUGUUGUAGCAGAAAGCGGCGAAAGUGCCGAUCGUCCAGAAAACCCUGAAAGUGAGUUGGAUGGAAAACGUAACCAAGAAGCAGUAAAAACACAGGCAGGGAAAGUAACAGCCGGUGGAGACACGCAGGAGUUUGAAGGUGACCCAGCUCACUGCUCAGGCACCAGCGUUAGUGGUAAAGAACAAGAUGAGGAUGUCAGUAAGAGUAACGCUGAGAAAGACGGUGCCACCCAAGGCGGCGCCCCGGAACCGGGAAAGGACGCAGUCCCCGGCUGCAGCCCGCUUGGAAAUCAUUGGAGUCCCGCGGAGGCCGUGAACGACCAAACAGGCAGGGCAGGGGGCCAGGCGGUGCCAGGACACCCCGGCCAGAGAGCGGAGGACGCUCCAGACAGCGCUAGUCUGGACAGCGAGGCCACACCGGCCCCAGCGGGAGAGGCGGGGGGCUUGGAUUCCGACAGCAGCGAGGACGCGAAAAGAGGGGGCGAGAAGGGGAGAGGCAAGGAAGACUGCACCAUGUCCUGAGCGGAGGCCACCGCAGAGGAGGCAGGACGUGAGGCCGAGCUGUAGAGAGGGGCCGGGACUCUGCACGGUGAGUCUAAUCGGAGGAGGCUCUCGCCUGUCAUCUCCCCUGGCGGCGCAGGUAGAGCGUUCUAGGCUCAUCCAGAUGCACUGUAGACAUCGAUCAUCCGGUCCCCUGAUGCUCCACGGCGUAGACCGCUGCUUGAAGGUUUAUAUUUAAUCAUUGACGGAGUCACCCAGGUUAGAAAAGAAGACACGUCUGUUAUCACUGUAAUUUCUAUGGGAGAGCAUUCCAGUAGUACCAAACAAUAAUGUAUACUGUGUAUAGUCCAGCUUAAAAUGAAAUAAAGAAUAUUGAACAGUUGCCUUAGGCUGAUAUGAAUGUGGCCAUUCUUGACCAAACACAUCAGCUUCUCACCGAAAUGACCAAAUAGCAUUCAUAGAUUUCUGUGUUAGGAGUGCCAUUGAUAUUUAAAUUAAUGCCUCCUUCUUAUAUGUGUACUUUCAUACUUGAUUUUAGUAUAUGCAUUGUAACCUGCAUGGCAUUGUAUUUAAAGGAAAUAAACACCCAAAUAGCAAAUAGGUCACUGAGUGAUAAGAGUUGCACCUUAAGGACAAAAAAUUAAUCAUUUUAGGGUUAACAAUAUCUCAAAGCAUAAGGAGACUCUUAUUUUCCUUUACCUCAUGUAAAUCUUUUAUCUCAAAUCACUGCUUUUGGAUCUCACUGUUUAUGAUACCUGAAUUUACUCUGUAGGAGACUUUGACUUCACUUCAUGCUACUGUGUACCAAAUUCAAUUUAUACUAAGAUUUCUUUAAAAAACUUUUUUAUGCAAGUGGCAUGUGUUGAAAUUUCAUUUCCUACAGCAGUAUUUGGGCAGGGGAGUCAUUAAAAAAUGUUUUUGGACCUUAAAAAUCACUUCUCUUUCUGUUUGAGUGUCUAAGCAUUAUGCAAGAGAGCAAUAUAAAAGGUUACUUCUUGUGCAAACUACUAGUUAGACUCUAAUAAGAUAUUUUAAAGAGUUGAAUCACUUUUGGUAUUUCGGUAUAAAUAUUUUCAUUUAUUGUUUCUCAGCAUAUUGUUAUUGGAAAGUUCUUGUUUUGAUCUGCCUGAAGAAAAAAUAUAUUUUCUAUAUAAAGAAGCAUUUAAAUAUAAUUAUAAAGGUAGAUUUAAAAAAUUGUGACAUAUGAAAUCACAAAGAAAUGUAUGUUAUAAAUGUUGUUGACACUUUAUGAGAUUAUGUGGGUUCAUAUUACUGUUACAAGAUAUCAUUGAAUGCAAAAAAGACCAAAGCCUCAGUAAAAGUUGAGGCAAACUAUAAGUGUUAACUGUGUAAUUGAAAUAAACACAUUUUAUAAUUUUACAAGCCUGUGGUCCCACUCUUUGGGUGAGCUGAAUUCCGAUGCUGGCGACCGUUUUACGUGAUGACCACCUUCAAGGCUGUCUGCUUCCGGGUUGCUGACUCCCGCUGGGGUCCUGGGGGAGACCCACGCCUGGUGACCUUUGUCAGUCAUGAGUGGACGUCUCUCGGCGUCCAGCCUGGUGCUGGCCUGGGGGUGCUUGCGAGAGGGAGAGCUCGUCCCUGGCAUCCUCCUCCCCUGUCGUCUGCGGUUCUGACAGGGAACCCGGGCGAGCAAGGUCUCCAUUCUGUUGCUCUGCUUAAGUGUGCCGAUCCCGGGAACGUUUGAAGAGUAGGUGAAAGCGGCAGAAACGUUGACCGUUUCCACUUAAGUGUCCCCGAAGUGGAGGACGGUGGGGACGACAGAGAAAUCCGAGGCUUGCCGGAGGAUCACGUCAAAGAAAGGCUGUACAGGGCGUUGAAGGGUUUCAGUGUGGGGCUCUCACUUCGGCAAGGCCGCGUUCCUGCUGGCAUGCACGUUGGGAAACAGCUCUGGCCUCUGCGCUUGCAGGCCCCCGGGGCAGCAGUGCAACACCACAGUCGCUAAAUGCUGGGGUCAUCAGAGCGUUUUAAGUUCUUUCCUUUCUUUCCCAUGUUAUUCCACGGCCCCGUUCAGCACAGCGGGCACACUUGGCACCCUCAGUCCAGCCGUCCGGCAGCCUCGACUGUCCACUCACCCGUCCCCUUAAUUGCCACACAGUUUUGGUCACUCUGCACGUGGAGAGCAGGUGCCGGGAACGCACAGGGAGGACUCGGCCCACUGAGGGGUGGGUGCGGGCGUCCUGGACAGCUGGGAGUCAGAGCAGGAGCGAAGAGGAAGGAAGGAAAGACGCUGAACAGCCAAACGUGUUUAUUGGUCGUUCCGGAGCCUUCCUCGUGAACGCCAGUUACUCCGCCCUGAGCGUGGGAUGGCUUCAGAGCCCGGAGCGGUAACCGAUAUUCACAGCGAAGGCCCUUAAAUCGUCAAAAAAUGGUUCACUUAGGUAUAGUCAGUUUAAGAAGGCAGGGAAAUAUGUUUGAAAGGUUUCAAUGUCGAAAGAUUCAAAUCAGAAAGGAAUUGAAAAGUUACCAGCCAGCUGUAUCCCUAGAGCAACCCAGACCGCUGAGGGUCACUGUCACACACGACAGAGGACAGCGUCCAUCGGUGACACCUGACAUCGAAAAGCUUGGGUAGCGUUCAGCCCCAGACCGGAGCACAGGUGCUGUGUGCAGGUGUAAAUCUUGCCUCAAAGGUAUGAUUAAUUAUAAUUAGGGGUGCAUGUAGAAAAUAGGGGAGGACAGAUUUCUGAAUUAUAGGUCGUUACAGUAGACAAAGGUUCAGAGAGCAGUAAAAUGUUUAAAGUUUCAAAGAAUGAGAUGCAGGGCGUUGACUACUUUCUGUAAUUCUCAGUGUUGGCAGUUAACGGAAGACCUAAUGCCCAUGUAAAUUCCCACCAUCGCGAGGACCCUGGGAUGCUAAUUCUGGGGCACAGGCGGUUCGGGCUUGGUGUUUUCUGUCGACAGCCUCCUUUCCUGGAAGACCAACCACGUGUGCAGCCUGCCACGCAGCCACGGAGCCCAGGGAACGCCCCAGUGAGGCUCGUUCCAACGUCCCGGCCCCUGAAGGAAAGAGGGCUGUGUGUGUGUGUGUGUCUGUCUGUCUGUCUGUUGUGUUCAGAAUAUGGACUCGUGCAGAGUGAUGAUCAUGUAUACAGAAAAGUUUGUUUUUCAAGAGGAACAUCCUUCUGCUCUUUCUCUUCCUUGUCUCUCUUACUGACGCAGGGAUGUAUGUCCUAACUCUGCAGUCCCCUGGGCCCUGGAAAUAGGAGAACAAGCCGAGCGGCCGGAGCCGCGCCAGUUCUGCCUUUUGCAGGAAGGGGCUGCAGUCCUGGCGGGAGGCCGGGCUCAGGCAGGUGAAAACCGCGGCAGGCAGGAGCUACAGUCAGACUAAGUGGGCGUGAGGAGGGGUGAGAAGAACCGCAUCCAGCGCGUUUGUCGAGAGACCUUGGUCCCUCCUCAGUCCUCCUCAUCCUCCUUUGUCACCUUUGCAAAUACAGAGGGGAGGUGACUCUCCUGGGCCGUGGGAGGAGGAGCCCCGGCCGGUGAUGGCUGAAAUCAACCCCAGAAUUGGCAACGUGCUCUUGGCAAUGCAUUACUAGGAGCAGUCUGCUUAGCCUCGCCGUGCCUUGUUUCGAGAGUGGGGUGAGGCCCGCCUUUUAGGGUGUGGGGAGGCCGGAUCCCGCACUUCACAGGCGCUGUCGGUCGGCCUUGCCCUGGCCCGGACAGGCCAGCGGGCGACGGGGAGGCCGAAAGAACGGCCAGGGAGCACGGGAGCUCGCAGAAUCCCAGCACCUGUUUGGCUACCCCGGGAAUUUUCUAGGUCUUACCUCUUUGUUUCCCAUUUUAUGGGUCUCUAAAAUAUGCAUACCAGAAAGUUUGUUGAGACUUAAUGUAUGACAACCAGGUUUUUAAAAUUAUAAUCCUUUGACAGUGUUACUAAAAUACCUUUAAUGGCCAACGGACUUCCCAGUAUAAAAGAACAUCCUAAACUGGGGACAAGGUGGCUUCAUCUCUUUUGAUGCCUCGUUUCAUAAAACUAGAAUGACUGUCUUCAUGUUUUCAUGUGUUUAUAAUUGGAUGCCACAGACCAGUGAUGAGCAACGCUGUUUACGAGUAAAUACAGGGCACUACUAGGUUUCCAGUAUUCUUGCUAAGUAGUAUCACAAUAAGUGCAUCAAGGAAUGUGCUCUCUUCACUCAGCAAUGAGAUGUGUUGGUUUUUAAAGCUACGAAAAGCCGUACUCCACGUUUCUUCAUAUCAAAUUUAUUUUGCUUCAUUCUUUUCUCAUUUUCUUAAAAUUAUUUAGUUGUCAUUUUCUUCUCCAGUCCUGCUUUAAAAUUUCUGUUCCUUAACAGUUUUAUCUCUCUGUUUUUUAUAUUCUCACUGUAAGACCGAAGGUCAAAUUAUCUUCAUUUUUUUGCUAGCACUCAUUACAUCUUAACACCACCAAUCUGGAAUAUUUGAUAUGUCUUCUAAUAGAAAAAUAUAAUAAAAUUGUACAAUAAAUAUAAGAGCUUCAAGAUCAUGUUCUAAUGUAUUCAGUGUUUCUUAUGAUGCCUGUAGUUUUUGUAUGUGGGAGGAUAAAAUAAAAAGUGAUAUUGGAUAAAAGAGCUAGGUUUAUAAGCACAUAAAUGUUUUGUUUCAGCGUGGGUGAGUUUAUGGACAGGAAAGAAUAAGACAUCUGUCAGAAGCAAUCUGUCUGUAAAUGAAAAUGGAACUCAAAAGGAUCAUAAAUUUAAUUCACCUUAUAUUAUGCUCAACAUUUUGUGGUGUCCUAUUUUGUCACUGUGCCUUUCAAAAUAACAGGAGAAACAAAGAAAGAUGUAACUUGGGUUAUAAUGUGACUAGACGAUUUUCUUAAGUGGAAACAAAGAUACAUUUCAUGUGAGUUAUUUUUUCUGAUCACAUGGCUAACCAAGGUUAGUGUUUUACUCUGAAGAAUUUGGAGCUAGGUAUUGUGAGCUCAGUGUCUUCUCUGGAGUAAGAGUCCUGGGCCAGAAGUCACACCUGACAGAAGCGGACUCAGGUGUGAGUUUAGAUCUGGAAAAACAGUGGCGUGCCGCGGUUGGGGCUGUGCCCUGCUGCGGGGCUGGGAGGCCUCAGGAAGGUUGUGUGAUCACUCUGGGCCUCCGUUAUUCCUCCUCUGUAGAACUAGGAGGAUGUAAUGACAGCCCACCCCAUAGGGCUUCCCACGUUGAAACGAGCUUAUGGCGUCAAAGCUGUGUCACAGAGGAAGUGUGCAAAACACGUUGUCUUCACUGUCAUCGUCCCAUCAUCCUGAUUUUGCCUUUACACUGGUGUGGGAUUUUACCCAAACCCCCAAACUCUCCCAGGCCUCGGUUUCCUCCUCUGAAUCUGAAGAUUAUAGUGCUCCACGCCCCGCCAGAGAGAUGUUUGGGGAAUUUAGAGACACUUUAAGGUACACGCAUCUUCAUUUAUCUGUGGUGGGAGGAAUGACAGACACCUAAGCCAUCACUGCAUUUUUCCUCGAAAGAAUAGCAGCUUUUGGUAACUGGGUUAGCAGACGUGUUGCCAGUGGACUUGGGGUUCACAAACAUGUGGUCGGAAGUCUGACACUGAUGAGUCUAGGAGAGAAACGAGAAAGAUAAACACGUCUGCUGGGACGUAAACUCGGAAAGGCGAGGAUGAUUAAAAUGUUGGUGCCCAUUGAACCGCAAUUAUCGGUGUGUUUCUAACGAUCAUUGCUAACGAUGUUAAACCAUGAAGCCUCUGAGAUCUUGUGUUGCAGUGUGGCUUGGCCCUAGAGUUCUUGCAUGCUAACCUAAGGUAGAAGAUUAGCCUGUUUGCAUGCAGCCGGAAGCUGCUCCCGACGUGAAGCAUGUUCUGGGCGGUUGACCCAGCCCCCCUUGGCUGAAUCCUCCCCCAGUCCUGUCUGUGGCCUCAUCCACCAUGAUACUAGGUUGAAAAAGCUUGUCGAUGAGCGGGAAUGCUUAUUGGAACAGGUUAAGAGACUCAAGCGGCAGCUGGAGGAGAGACAGAAGAACGGCAAGCUAGACGGUGUCCGGGCGGAAGAGGAUGUCCUAGAAAACGGGACGGACGUGCACGUACUGGAUCUGCAAAGGGAUGCCAACAGACAGAUCAGCGACCUCAAAUUUAAACUUGCAAAAUCGGAGCAAGAGAUAACCGCAUUAGAACAAAAUGUAAUAAGGUUAGAGAGUCAAGUAGCACGUUAUAAAUCGGCUGCUGAAAAUGCAGAAAAAGUAGAAGACGAACUUAAGGCUGAAAAGCGGAAACUGCAAAGAGAGCUCCGCUCUGCGCUGGACAAAACGGAAGAGCUCGAGGUGAGCAACGGCCACUUAGUGAAGCGUCUAGAAAAAAUGAAAGCCAAUAGGAGCGCACUCUUGUCCCAGCAGUAGGUACCAGCCCGGGACGGCGGCUGGCCGGUGACUGGAGAGCAUUGUCCAUGGGCUUGCCUUGUCCUGUCUGGAGCGCCGCUUCCUCCCCCGCCUUCGGAGAGAAGACCUCGGCAGGCGCUCAGCUCCCAGGUGUUUUGUGCCAAGGCUCACCCGGGGGGGUGCCCCAGCCGCCACCAGACGCCUCUGUCUGCAGACCCCUGGCCCGCUGGGGGCGACACUCAGACCCCGCAGGGAACUCCACAAGCACACGGGGCCUCCAGGGGGGCCUGCGUCUGCCGGCAAGGCGGGCUCUGAACGCAGCUGAAAGUGGUGAUCCCGGUAGCGAUGAAGGUGGGACUUGAGUUUUCUUUUCAUGUGUCUUGCUGAAGAUUAAGGGGAAAUGUGACAUUGUUGGGACUUCCUUUCGUGGCAGAAUCUGCAAUCGGAGCAACUUCAGUAGUAUCUCUUAGUCUGCGCUUUUCAUACACAAACACUGUGGAACCACAAGCCAUUACCGAGCAGAACUCUUCCACUGGAAACAAGGGGGUGGGCUAGACGUAAAAGUGACCUUAAGAAGACUCUUUACAGGCAACAAACGAAGCUUUUCUAAGGGAUUUUUGCAUCAGUCAUAAGAAAAACUUUUUUCCAGGGUAAUUAGGCAAUAGCUUCACUGAAAAUGACGGCUUUUCCUUUGCAUUAUUUAAUCCUUAUAUUUGGAAUUGAAGUUGUUAACUUCUUUUAAAGAAUGUACUAUUAAUUAAUAGAAAAAUAAAAAAAAUGAAAUGUUGAAAGACUU